AUACAUUGGGUAUGGACUAAUGUUGUAUCGUCUGGGUAUUGGGGUGAAUCGUCAUUCUUCACAUCACACCCACAAAGCGAAAUAUAAGAUCACAAAAAAGCCCACAAAAUUUCCAUGUAACGCGAUAAGGUUUUGGAAGGUUUGAAUUCAUAAUUACAGCGUUGUGUCAUACUGGAUAUAUUCAAAUGCUCUACUUAAGUUAAGUUUGGUUGAAAGGAAGUGAACAGGUGAUUUAAGUUGGAAUACAAGUUGCACAAUGUGAAAAACACGAAAGACAACGAAACAAUAACACGCCACAGUAUUACAUAUAGCCUUAUAUGGAAAAACCUUUGAUCUCUAUUUAAAAAUGCCUGGAUUAAAAGGAGGGUCAAGGGAGGGUAAGGGCGUGGCCGGAGACCAAUCAUCCAUCGACUCUACGGGCUCCGUGACCAUCAGCCAGGUCAGCUUUGACCCAAUACCUGGCGGUCCCCAUGAUAACAAGGCAUUUGACGUCGGUACAUCCAGGGCCACACUGGAUACCGUGGAUACAGUGGACAGCCGGAAGCAGCUAUAUGGUGUGGAUGAGAACGAGGAGCGCGGCAACUGGAGCGGCAGGUUCGACUUCCUGUUGUCGCUCCUCGGGUAUGCCGUCGGCCUCGGCAACGUCUGGAGGUUUCCAUACCUCUGCUACAGAAAUGGUGGAGGUGCGUUUCUCAUACCGUUCGCCAUUAUGAUGGUUAUAGUUGGCAUGCCCCUGUUUUACAUGGAAGCCUCUAUUGGACAGUUUGCCAGUCGGGGACCAAUGACCUGCUGGGGCUUUUCUCCCGUCUUUAAAGGUGUAGGAAUAGCGAUGGUGCUGGUGUCAGCCAUGACGUCCAUGUACUACAACAUGGUGCUGGCCUGGGCCAUCUACUACAUGUUCGCAUCCUUCCGCUCCGUCCUCCCCUGGACCGACUGUGAUCCCAGGACCACGAAGAACAACGAAUGGUGUUCGGGUAACGUGCCUCGGGCGGCUUGUACGGAAGACUCCCAGGUUAAGGCGGCUAAUGGCACGUGUUGGAGCGCGGAGGGUGACAUGGUUGGCGUCUGGGACGAUGACCUUCUCAAGGACCACGAGGGCAUAUACAGGCGCUCACCCGCAGAGAUCUACUGGAAUAAUGUCGUGCUGCAGUUGAGUGAUGGUAUAGACGAUUUCGGAGAGCCUCACUGGUACCUCGUGUUGUGCCUCCUCCUCGCCUGGAUCACUGUCUUCUUCUGCCUCAUCAAGGGCAUCAAAACCACCGGAAAGGUCGUGUAUUUCACCGCGAUAUUUCCCUACGUGGUAUUGAUUAUCCUGUUUUUCCGCGGAGUGACGCUGCCUAACGCCGGAGAAGGAAUCAAAUUCUUCAUCUUUCCAGUCUGGUCCAAGCUUCUCGAAGCAAGGGUGUGGAAGGAUGCAGCGGUUCAGAUCUUUUUCUCCAUGUCGAUAGCGGGCGGCGGACUGGUCACUCUCUCAAGCUACAACCGUUUCCAUAACAACAUACUCAAAGAUACGAUCAUCGUGGUUCUUGGUGACUUUUUCACGUGCAUAUUCGCGGGCUUCGUUAUUUUCUCUUACCUGGGAUUCAUGGCGGGUCAACAGGGCACCACUGUGGACAAGGUGGCGCAGGACGGGGCGGGGCUAGCGUUCGUAGUUUACCCGGAAGCGGUAACCAACCUGCCAGCGCCGCCAUUUUGGUCCAUAUUGUUUUUCUUCAUGUUAAUAACGCUGGGCUUGGACAGCCAAUUCGCGAUGGUUGAAACUGUGUUGACCGGAUGCAUGGACCAGGUGCCGUCCCUUCGUCCCCGGAAGACGCUCGUCAUCCUCACCAUCUGCGCCCUCUUUUUCCUUCUUGGACUGCCCCUCACGUGUUCCGGAGGCAUGUAUCUUUUACAACUUAUGGACAAUUACGUUGGUGGAUGGACACUGCUCAUUAUUGGCUUCGCUGAAAAUAUAGCCAUUGCGUAUUGUUACGGCGUGCCGCGAUUUUGCAAAGAUCUUGAAGUGAUGUUAGGAUUUGAGCAAAAGUUGUUCUGGAAGAUAUGUUGGUAUGCUGUCAGUCCUCUUUCCGUCCUUUUUAUCUUCGUGUUUACGUUUGUGGACUACGCUCCGUCGACGUACGGUGAUUACCACUACCCGGCGUGGUCGGACGCGCUCGGCUGGAUCCUCGCCUGCCUCGUCAUUGUCCCCAUCCUCAUCACAGCCGUAUUCAAGUUGUCCAAGGAUGAUGAUCCGGUCUCACCACUACAGAAACUGAAGAACUCGAUUACGCCUUCGGAGGAGUGGGGCCCCUUCCUGGUGAAACACCGACUGCUUAUCGAGGAGAAAGGCUACGUGGAGGGAUUCGUCGUGGACCCUUACUCCAAGAGAGACAAAAAUAUCGGCAACAAACGGCACUUCAGCAAAUCCAACUUAUCGAUCUCGUCAAAUAUAUCGAAAGUUCCGAGCAAGGCGUCCAGCAUGGUCUCCUUCCAGCGUUCCAUGAACAGCGUCGCCUACAGCAACGGCGGCCUUUCUGUAGACUCAGUACCUUCCAGGCUAACAUUGGAAUCCAACGUGUGACCAACCAGGGUGGCUUGCUUAUGAUAAGCUGAUAAUGAUGUGCAUGUUUACGACAUGCUGACAUCUGAAUAAAACUAUUAAAAAGGCAAGCUCAGCAUACCUUCAAGAAUCUCACAAUGUUGCCACUACAUGUACAAAUAUUAUUUAACCCUAUCGUACAGCAUCUGACUAAGCUAGUUAUCUCAGGAUGAGCAUGUUUAUUGUAUUAUAUAAAAAGCUAUCGCUUGAUCCGGUAUGGUCGUACGGAGCUUAGACUGUUUUAAUUUUGACACUCUCUGUAAAUAAGUCAUUUUUACGUUUCAACGCAUAAGCGCCUAUUUUUAUGAUAUAAAUGCAUGUUCCUCUAUAUUUGGAAAUGGAUUAGAAAUCUCAACAUCUGUGUUCCAAACAUGGUUACUUCACAUAUAGAAAUAUGUGUACCAUUGAGAUAUGUUUCACCGCGUGAUCACAUGAGGAAAUAUAUUUUCAGAGAUCACGAGUGAUAUGUAAAUCACCAAAAUUUAAGUCAAUGUGGAGUUUAACAUCAUACUCGAAAGUACCAGAUUUCAGUGAAAAGUAGUCUCUGAAACAUACUAUACCUGGAAUAUAUUUGAUUUGCAAAAAUAACUUCAUGUAAGAGUAUGUAAUAUUUUGCGUAUAUAAACAGUUAAAAACACGUACAAAACACGGAUAUGAAAGGGAAAACUCCUAUAAACUCCGUUAAGUUAGAUUUAGACCUCAUUGGAACAACGUUUUUUCUUGCACCGAAAUUCAGCAAUGUUUCUGCUCCUGUAAUGUUUACAAGACGGCGUUUAUUGGAACAUGUCGCGAUCAAACUUACGUCAUUUUAUUUAUUUUUAUGAAAGCAAUGCGCGAACCAUUAUCUAUAAAGAGCAGUAAAAUUAACAAAACCGAAUGGAAAUUACAGCAGUGAAAAUAAAGAUAUUUCACUUGUACUCUUGAACCUCUGAUCACAACACAAGAUCCCACUCUCGCGCAACAUCGUGCCAACGAGAGUGGUUAAUACCAGUUGUAAUAGCUUGUUUCACAAUCGUUGUAAAAUAUAAUAAGUCUCAACUAACUUCUGAUCAAAUCAAAAAUGAAAAUAAGCGACACAUAUAUCAUCUUCGUCCAUUGUAUUAGCUGACGUUCCUGUUAUUAACCAGACACCCGAAAUGUUGCAAAUAAA